UCUGAUUAGUGAUUACAAUGCGCUUUCUGAGUAGAUGAAGAUAAUCUGUGCAAUUCUUGUUUCUUCCAAUGUACUAUAUGAUAAGUGUGUCACUUCUACCCCGUGAUAAAGGUAGUUGUCAUACCAUGUCUACAGUAAACGAAAAGAAAACAACAAACAUUACUUAAUAAAUCACUGAUUCAGAGAGCAAAUUCUCCGACCAAGUCAAUCGAUUAAUAGUUGGUACUACUGUCACGUUUGACAGAUAUGCAGGAGAUCUGUAUUUUCUAUGAACUUUGACUACGGAAAAUGGCAGAGCCGGAAGCACAAAAUACCCUCGAUCUGUCGAACAAAGGUUUGAAGAAAAUUCCUAAAGCUCAAAGUCAGGAUUCUCAAAGAGUUACAGAACUGAUUUUGGACAGAAAUGAACUGCAAAAAUGGGACAACAUUGAUUCAUACCAUGCAGUGACGAGGCUAUCAGCAUCAUACAAUCAGUUUCUUCGGAUGUAUAGUGUUGGUCGUUUGCAUCAUUUGUGUUGGCUGGAUCUGUCGCACAAUGGGAUUCUGACUAUUGAAGGACUUAAAGAUUUACUUCAUUUAAGGUGGUUGUGUUUAGCGAGCAAUAACAUUAAGACAAUAGAACAUCUGAACACUAAUUCAAAUUUGGAGCAUUUGGAUUUGUCAGACAACAACAUUGUGCAUAUUGCUGAUUUGUCUUAUCUUCCAAGACUUAAGCAACUUCUGCUCUACGGAAACCGUAUCACGCAGUUGCGGCCUUGUGAACGUAAUCUUCCAACAAGUCUAACUGUGUUGUCAGUUGCUGAUAACCAUAUUACGGACCUUAACGAAGUGGCCUAUCUGUCACACUUAAAAAAUCUUCAGGAACUCAGUAUUGUAGGAAAUCCGUGUGUAACAAUGACUGGUGGCUCUGUUGGAUUUGAUUACCGUCCAUUUGUCAUAAACUGGUGCAUGAGCUUAAAAAUUAUUGAUGGCUUUGUAGUGGAUGCCAUUGAAAGUUUAAAAGCAGAAUGGCUAUACUCUCAAGGGCGAGGAAGGCAAUUUCAUGUUGGGGAUCAUGAAGCUCUUACACAGUACCUAGCAUCUGUAUGCCCACUUACGGGAGAUAACCUAGAAUCUGAAGAAGACCGUAAACUGCGCUUAAUCUUGAGCAAAGCCCACCAGCAUCAGCAGCAACUGCGAAGUCAGCUGACUAAUGGUAGUGGAUUGAGGAGAAACGCAUCCAGCUUUCAUCGGAGCCAGUCUUCACCUGCUCCAUCUCCUGCUGCAAGGAGACGUAUUUUUCCACAACGCACCACUGCAUUACGCAGCAAUACAUCUCGUCUGCCUGUAACUGAACGACACCAUUCUCCAGAUCGUAUGGUUGUCAGUUGUCAGAUGACAAAACCAGAAGUAAAUUCAGGGAUGACUGUGUCUAUGUCAGGAAAUCUGAUGACACGUAGCCUUGAUCCUAGCUUGCUACUUAACAGUAGUUCAAAUAAUAACAACAAUAAGGAUUCCAUUGAUGCAGCUGUAGCAGUAGAGGACAGUUCAGCAGGUGUUGUGGAUGCUGAUGCUAACAGUGGUUGCCCACUUCAAGCUGCAACUAAGCUGGUUCCUGUACCAGAAUCUCUGAUGAGCCCAGACUAUCGACCAGUGACUGCAGCAAUACUUGGUCGGCCACAUAGAGUUCGACCCCCUGGAGGGAAAGGAUCUCCAGAACGUUGCCACAGUGCGCACUCUAGCCCAAGAGCAAGACCACGAAGGGGCGGUGCUGGAAGUGGACGGCAUGGUUCACCACGUCGCACUCGCGUUAGCAAUAGUAGCGAUGAUGAUAGUGAAAUGUCUGCAUCCAAACUAGAAACAAUAAGACACAGAGCACAAGAGCGCUGGCAAAGAAAAGACGCUGUGCCUCCAGCAGAUCUCUCAGCUCCUGGUCCAGCAACUGAAUGUAGUCAGUGGAAGAACACCAAUGGGGUACAGUCGAACACAGAAGUCAGUCAAGGAAUGACAGUUGACAUCCAACAGGAGAAAGCUGCAACAUGCAUACAAAGAAUGUGGCGCGGUUACCAGACUCGCAAUCUUAACAAGAGUGUUCAGGCCAUAUACCGCACUCUUCAUGAUUCCAGAACACACCAGUACAUUCAAAAGCUUUCAUCUGAUAUGCAAGCAACAAGAGCUGCUUUGGAAAGUGAGCGGAAGUUACAACUCCUGCAGAUGCAAGCUAUUAAUGCUCUUUGGAAAAAAGUGGUUAAUCUCCAGCCAUCACCUAAGAAUGAACCUAGUGGCAGCAGUAAAGGAGCAGACGCAGACACAAUGAAAGAACUUACUGAAACUUGUUCACGUCUACAUAGCCAGGUGGAGCAGCUGCAGGGCUCAAUGCAGAGCAUGAUGCAACGCAUGUCCCUCCUUUGUGCUUCUCAGCAGCCGAGGCGGGUCCUCUCAGCUGACACUGCCGGUACACAGACUGACAUUGUAGCUGUGCAUACACCACAGACAGACAGUGUUCCCGGUUUCCCGUAUGGUAGACCACACCGCCCUUCAUCAUUGCCUAUAUCACGACCAUCCCAGAGUCCUCGUGAUCUUGAUCAGCAACAAUCGGUACAACAGUUCGCCAAUAGUUUGGUGGAUGGCGUUCUGAGAACAGUUGCAGAACAGGGUAGUGACACAGCUGCUGGAAGCUGUGCCUCACUGCCAGAGGAUGAAGUUGCACCUACUCUUCCAGAGUGCUUGCCACCAGGAGAUAAUGUUUUUGCCAAUGGGGAACCAGAAAAAUUGGCAGUGUGUUCAGGAACAGAGGACAGUGUACAUAUUUCACAGAAGAAAACAGAAGUUACAGUUGAGAGUGGCUGUUCUGCACCAGAGCACGAUGAAGGAUUACUGGUGGCAUCCCAAUAUUCCAAUCCAACCCAUGAAAGUGUUGGUACCAUUUGUGUUAAAGCAAACACAGAUGCUGCACCUGUAGUUGAGAAUGGGCCAGUUGCAUAGUAGAAUGCCAGUCAUAUUGGAGCUUUUAUGGUUGAGCUUUAAUUUGGUUUGUUGCUGAGACUGCUGAAGACAUUUUACUAAAGCAUAUUUCUUGGCUUGCUCCUAAUACAGUUUGUACAAAUCUUAUGAAUAACUACCCAUAGUUAUUUUCAUGUUGACUGAUUUCAAUUUUAUUUGCCAGUGUUUUACUGUUUGAGCUUAAUUUUUUAAGCAAUUUUAUCAGUUCAUUUCAUCUUUCUGUGAUACAUAUAAAUUAUGUCCAAGAGAAAUAUGUAUAAGUUGUUCUUUUUACUUGUUGUAAAAAGUAUUCAGCUUGUUGUUGCCUCAUGUUUGGAGUCUAUCCACUAGUUAUAAAUUUAAUAUUGGAAUCUCAACUAUUCUUUCUAAACUUUCUCCCACUAUAAGUGUACCAUUCAAUGGAACCCAAAAUUGCAUUUUUUUCCAGCUUAUAAAUAUGGAAAUGUUUCCUUACAUUAGUGAGGUUUUGUACUGAACUCUCAAACAGAUGACUUUUUAAAUAAGUCAAAUUCUGUGUAAUCAGUCACUGCCAUUGAUUGCAAGUUCUACAGGAUUUGUAGUUCUAAGUAGGUCCAAUAAAAUUACAGUUUUCUUGCUUGAGCAAUUUGUGUGUGAAAGUUCUGUGUAAUUACCCAGUAGUCAUAAUUUUCUAACAAUCUUAGGUUGUGAGUUUUUGCUUCCAAGAUUUAUGUUUAUUAUAAUUGAAUCUAGUAUUUAUAUGUAGAAGCACAAAUGGUCUGAACAUGUCAGUGGCCUUGUAGUCAUUGCUUCAAUGCACAAAAACGUCCAGCUCUGUCAGAGUAAUAUUAAUACGCACAUUGAGUACUUGCUGAGAAAAUAGCCAGGUAGUUAGUAUUAAAGCACGAACUGCUCAUAACACUUAAAUGCUCAUUACCAUUUUAUCUCUCAAUUUAUGUAUGUUACCAGUGCUUUGCAUGCAGGACUGUGAAGUAUCGAAGCUCUUGCCUACCUCACAUGUGACUAAAUGAAACAAAAAUGCAAUGACUUUUCAAAAGAUUGUAUUAUACAACUUUUUACAAAAUCAAAAAUUGUCUUGCUCAGCGUAAUUCAGUUGAACUCUUCUGCUCUAAUAGCAACGCUGUCUAACUUUGUAUAAUUUUAUGUGGAAUGGGCAGCAGGUUAUAUUAAUGUCAUGCUGAAAUUGAUUUUCUUUCCCUGUUUCCUCUUGAACAAAAUGUUAGACUACCAUUGAUAUUAGUAUAAUGAACAGUGUUUCAUUUAUUUGUUGUAUAAUUUGUGAAGUUUUGUGGUAAUGGAAUUGUGUGCUGUACACUGCAGUAUGUUUUCUUAUCUAUUGUCAUGUGGCUACUUCUCUACAGAUAAGGAUUGACAGAGACCUAAUUUUCUCAAAUAUCAGUGUGUGUAGUUAGAGGCCAAUCUUUUUUGUAAAAUUUUGGUGCUUAUUGCAGACACUCAGUUCCGUUUCUAUGGAAUUUUCUUAGCAGAGAUUAAGGUCAACUGUCAAAGGAGAAAUUUUGCAUGGGGCGAAAUAAUUUUCUAAAAAGUACAAUAUCUUUCAAAGGACGUGUGUGUAUCACAAAUUAUUAAGUAUAAGCAACAUUCACAUUCUUGUUUUUCCAUUGAUCUAUGUGUUUACUAUUAGUUAUUUAGGAAUUUAUAAUAAGUAAAGAUUUAUAUGCUACGAUUUGCCAAACGUAAACUGAAAUACCAUUGCAGUUGUAUAAAUGACACUGGUUCUACUUUCUAGAUUCAUUUUGUAAUAGUCUCCAAACAUCUUGUUCGGUUCAAGGAUAGUAAAUAGGAGAAGCAAAUAAAUUUGUUAGAGACAUUUCAGCAACUAGCAGAGGAAUUAUGUAUGCCAUGGCUGUUGCCAGUAGCUUUUCUACUGCAAAAGGAAAUACUCAUGUUUUACCAAAAAUUAAUUACUCAUGUAACUGAAACUUUACUUUGUGAUCAUCCUGUUUCUUCUUUGAUGUCUUUUAUAUUAACCUAAGUGAUUAUUUCAGUAUAAUUAUGGAGAAGGUUUCAGACCUCAAUGAGGCAUUACAAAUGACCUUGUAAUACAGGUAUUUCAUUUGCUGAAAUACCUUACAAAAUUUUUCUAGUCAAUGUAUAACAGUACAAAGUGAAAUCUGGAGAACUAAAAGUAAUUGUUUAGUAAAAUAAAUGCACAACUAUGAUACAACAGAUGUUUCCACACUACUAUGUUUAAAAAAAUGCCAGGUCAGUAAAUUUGUAACAAUGUAGUAAUUGACAACUCUGGUUAUCAGUCGUGUGAAACAAAAGAAAAUUUUGUAAGAUCUGAGCAUUAUAAAACACUAUUUAAUAUGUUUCAAAUCCAGUUUUGGCAAAUAUGCCAUUGUUCCCUUCUGUAUUCAACGUAUAUUAAAUAUUACAACUUUAUUUUUACAACUUACUUCUUUUAAAACUGUUCUCUAUCAGCAUGUUCAUAUUAGCUGAAUUUUGUUACUGGCGUUGUAUCACCAUCAGUAUUAGAUUACUGUAAAAUCUUUAUGGUACUUAUAAAACAAAUCUAUGACGACAUUUUCCUCUAGUAAUGUUAGUGCAUUUGAUGUUGAAAGCUUUCUUAUAUUUGUCAAAGAGAUCUAAAAUUUUAUAAAAUCAUCUCCUUUAUGAAAAACAAAUUCAAUGGUCAUUUAAAAAGCCUUGAUGAGUAACAGUGUAGCAACUGAUAAAUAAGUUUUUGUUGACCAUUUUUUUACUGGUGCAUCAGUUUUUGUUGGAUGCAUGUUAGUUAAGCAGUAUAAUCAGAAGAAUCAUAAUAUAAAUGAAAGUAGUAAAUUUGAAGACACUAUAUAGCUGAAGCAUUGUGGCUUUGACGAUGGACACAUAAGACAGACAUUGAUAAACUUUUUGAUGAAUAUUCAAUAGCUAGAGUAUCCAGUAGUUAACACCCCCCCCCCCCACACAACCACAACCACACACACACACACACACACACACACACACACACACACACACACACACACACACACACACACACACACGGCUGGCUGGCGCAUUGUCCUGGUCAACUGCAUUUUACUGGCAGUAUAGCUGGAGGUAUGUAUCAAGUGGAGUUGGGGAGAGAGGUAAGCACACAGUUGGAGGGAACUGGCUCACAGCUGCGAGCAAGAGGCAGCAAACACAAUAGAUGGGAAUGUAACUAGGUGAGCUUGCUUUGGCGCAGGAAGAGGGAGUCAUGUAAAGUACAAUUACAAGGAGGAGAGGCUGGGGGAAGGGGGAUGGUUAUAUAGCAGAGGAAGAUGGAGACUGCAGAGGAGGGUGUAAGUUUAGAGUAAGUUGUGAGCAUGGAAACAAGGACAGAGAGAGGUUCAGAAUGAGGGGGUGUGGAGAUCGAGAGAAGGAGAAUUGCGGGAUUGGUUGGGGGGAUCAUAAAGAUGGUCUGUGCUGCAAUGCAGCCUUAUUUGAAGUUUUAUCAUGUUGUGCUCAGUAGUAUGUUCAGGUUGGUCAACUCUGCUCUUGGCUACAGUUUGACAGUGUUCAUUCAUUCGAGUUGGCAGGUGAACGUAAGUAGUCAAACCCAGACAUAAGAUGUGGUUAAGCUGUUCCAGUCCGAGGUGAUAUUAGAUAAUGAAGGGGUUGCUCCUUUUAGAGUUCGUUCAGUUGGAUUGUUGGAGGAUUAAGGGCAUUUGUGGAUGUGGCACUGGAAUGGAGGACAUUUAUCAGAAUGGGGGUGAUGUCAGUGUUUGGUGGGCUUGAUAUGGCCAGAGGUUUUUACGGAAUUGCUGCCGAGGUGAAAGUUAGUGUCAAGGAAGGUGUCAUGCUGGGCUGAGGGAACCAGCUGAAGCAGAUGGGAGAGAUGAUGAUAAGGUUGUGGAGAAAUGAGGAUAGUGUCUUGGCCCAAGGUCCAGAUUUUAAAGAUAUUAUCAGUUAACCUGAACUAAACAAGAGGUCUAAUAUUUCAGAGUAGCUAGGAAAACAUGUCUCUGUAACCACGCAGAGAAAUUAAUUUAGCAUAGGAGUGUUAUUGAGUAUUUCAUGGUACUCCAUCAUAGUUCAACAAACACUAUUUUUGUCAACACCAUUAAAUAACAUAUUUUUCUGACUUGGACUUAACAAAUAUUUCAGUAUUUUUUUCAUGAUAUGGGGCUUACUCACACUUGAAGCAGUAUUCUGCACAGUCUUCUCAUUUUCGCCUUGGCUUUAGCAGUUACUGAUGUAACUUAAGAACAGUCUGUAACUGUUUGCUAAGAUGGUAUCACAUGUGAGAUUUCUUCAGAAAUAUGUGCAAUAUAUUCACUUAUUAAAAAUGUAUCUAGUUGACAUACUGCAAUGAACACCACCUGCGCUUCUGACAUUAAAUGCAGUAAUGGAAGUUCUCUUCCUAAUCCAUAAAUAUAAUCAGGUGAUAAUUAACUACACUAAGAAGUGCAUAUGAUCUCAUCUCUCCCAAGCAAUUCGCAACUUUGUCAGUUAGUUCCAGUCUUUGCUGUCAGGAAAGAUAUUUCUUAUGUGUUAUUUUUAUCCAUUAGACCAAUAGUUUGCUAAAGUAUGAUCUGUAAAUUCCUCUUGUCCCUUCUGUUUUCCAAGACCAGUGUUGAUGUCAUUUACUUGUAAAUUACUUGAUGACGAUUAUCCUUGUAAUAACAUGAGUGUGGUCUAUCAGUAUCCCCAAACAUAUUCAAUUAUUCAAUAACUGAUCUGGAAGCUUACAUUAGGUUAAUAACUGUAAUAAUUCAUUUCAUCUCACCUCAGUAUGUGGCUCCAGUAAUAGUAACACACAGUUGCCAAGGUCAUGUCUUCUCUUCCAAGACAAACCAUGCUUUUCUGGUGAAGGUGACCACACCAAAAUUGUUAAUUAAUUUAGCUACUUUGUAGGUUAAUUUAGUGUUCAAAACUAUAUUUGCGCUUUAGUGUGCAGCAUAUUGGGGGAGAGGGAAUUACUUCAUCCAAGGACUAAUCCAUCUUCUUACAUGAACCAAGGAAAAAUUGUGUCUGUUUGCCUGGAUGUUUCAUAAUCUCUUUUAUCUGGCUGGUCCUGAGAAACCAAUGUGAAGGUGGUAAUAGUGUUUUACAGUCUUUCUGAAAUACUUGUUAUGUAAGUUUACAUACUAACUUUUUGAAAAAAAAGUAUGUCAUCUUUGUUCCUGGUGAUCCCUGGUCUAAGUUCUACAACUGUGUCUGUAACAGGUUCAUUACUGUACUAAUGUCUCAACCAUAUUUGAAACUCAUAAAAAGUGUCUCAUUUGUUGUUGGUUUCUGUAAAUGAUAUUUUCAUAAGAAAUGUAACUGUACAUUAUUGGACUAGUUUGUCACUAACAAAAGUCAUUCCAUUUUUUGGCAUCAUUUAUAUCUUGCUGCAAAAGAAAACAGCUUACACUAAUAUAUUUUCUCUGUUUUGUUUUCUUAUUUUGUGGGUAAGUAAAUUUACUAAUUACCCAGUGCUCUUGAUAACAUAUUGUAUGUAACAUGUAACUGCAAAGCCAAAUAGGAUUUUUGAUGUGCCAGUUAUUGUUUUUUCCACUGCCCAGUUUCAGCAUUAUCUUUGUGCAUCUUCAGUAUUGUGUGUGCUUAUUGUAUUCAGACUGUAUUCAUGCUUUUGUGUGAGCAUUGGCAAGUAUAAAAAAUAUUUCCAGAGGAUUUUAUGCUUGGAGUACAUCUAUUUUUCUUGUCAGUGGACUUAAAAUGAGUGCACAUAUUUAAUGCCUCAUCAUUGUAUUUAGCACAUUCAUUAAAAAAGAAGGGGGCACUGUUUUCAUAUACCAUUUGAUAUGUGAUACAGUCAUGUAAGUUACAAUGUAUCAGUUUUACUUCAUGGCAUUAUCUGUAUGCUUACUGUUACAUAAAAUUCCUUGUUUUUAUAUCUAAUAAAAUGACUUUUUGUAGCUUUCAUUGAAGUCUUUUAAGAAUGUGAAUGAAUCAGUAAGCUGUGAAGAAGUGCAUUCUGAGUGAACAGGACAACACAUUAUAUUGCAGGAACAGAAUACAUUCAAGUUACUAUUGACUAAUAGUAUAUUUUUUAUUUUCUGCACAUAAUGCACAAUGCACAAUUUUAUGUGCCUAGGCAAUGUCAGCAAAAUAUAAAUUAUUUUUAACAACAUGCUACAAUUAAAUAAAUAAUUCAAACAGUAGGACAAUGAUUCAUUCCACAGGGAGCAGUUGGUGUUAUAUGCAAUUUACUACUAUACUUCUAGGACAGGAUUGUUGCUAACAUUGUUAUUUGUGUAAAGUCCAAGUGAUACAGGCAUUUAUGGAUAAGCCAAGGGGUGAGAGACAUUUAAAAAGUAUCUCCUGUGAACAUCUUAAUAUCAUUUGGUAACAAAUUAUAAAAAACAGCUCUUUCCACAUACAAGCUUUUUGCUGUUAAAGUUAGUUUCUGUUAAGCAGGUGAAAGUCUCUUUUAUGGCUAAUAUCAAGAUUGUGAGUUUGCAUGUUCAUUUUUGUGACCUCAGUGUCUUCUUCCUCUAGUGUAAAGGUUUCUAGCUUAAAAUGGCACAAAUUGUGAUAAUAUUGAAACUAGUGAAUACACCUUUACAAGAUAUUCCUCGUUUCACUAAGAUCCUAAAGACUUCUGCUGUAUGAAAACUCAGUAAUUGGAAAAUCCAACGAUGAAAUAUAAUGUGUGUUCAAAAACAGGUAA